AUGGCUUCUGCAGGGAAGCCUGUCCUGGAUGACUCCCGCCGGGCGACGGGAUCUCCAAAAAUGAAGGCCCGAGAAAAUGCGAAAGAUACCCUGUGUCGAAAUGUGACCAUCUACGGUCGAUGUCGAUAUGAAGAUAAAGGAUGCGCCUUCAAUCAUGAUCCGCAUAAAGUCAAUUCAGCAUAUCAAUCGGACAGUAAAAGACGAUUGAACGUCGAUUCCCCGAGCUUUACCCCCUCUCUACUCUCUUCCAACGGCUCUUCGCCGACUACAGCAUCAGUUACCGCAAGGAAAGCAACAACAAUAUCCCCCAAAGCUGCCAACGCAGCUCCCUUCCAACCAAGAACUAUAACUUCACGAUCCAACUCCAGCACGCCUUCCGGUCGUGCUGAAACCAUGACCCCGGACUGGUCUGUGGCUGAAGUACAGGAAUUCGUGCCUCAGGGUUUCGAUACCACGCACAUGGCCUCUCUCCAAGGGAAUGGCAACGGUGGCGUUCCCUCGACUAGCCCGUUUGAUCCUUUUGUGACAGCCUCGAACCCUCUUUCUGCGGCGAGUGCUGUCGGUCCGGUCCAGGCAAAUCCUUUCGCACAUGAUACUGCGGCGGCUGCUGCGGCUCUGAGCGGUGCUGCCUUUUUCGCUGGACAGUCUGGCUUCCAACAACCGGUCCAAUACCAUUUGUAUGCUCCGAUCGGUCCUCAUAGCCAAAAUACUCUAGGUUACCAGCGGAACGCUCAUGACCUUUUUCUUCCCAAUGACUUCCGGGAGGAACUGCAAAAGAAAGCCGCAGCUACGCUUCAGACCUUGCCCAACACCCAACUACCGGCUCAAGUCGACUACUUCCAUUCUCUCGUCCCACUAGACUUAAAUCACCAGAAGAACGCAACCAUAUUUGGCUUCCCCAGUUGGGUAUACAAAGCGCAAUCCAGCAAAGAUGGUAGUUUCUAUGCUCUUCGAAGACUAGAAGGGUUUCGUUUAACAAAUGAGAAAGCGAUCCGAUCUGUCCAAGCCUGGAAGCGAGUUUGUAGCGGGAGCGUGGUAACUGUCCACGAUGCUUUCACCAGCAGGAGCUUCCAGGACAGCUCCCUUAUCUUCGUCACCGAUUACCACCCACUCUCCAAAACACUAGCUGAACAACACUUGGGUGCUGGAAAUAGGUUCCAAGGUCGGCAUAGUACACACAUUUCCGAACAGGUACUGUGGGGCUAUAUGACCCAAAUUGCAAAUGGCCUCAAAGCCAUCCAUAGCAACGGGCUUGCUGCAAGGGUACUUGAUGCUAGUAAAGUACUCCUCACUGGCAGGAAUCGCAUUCGCCUGAACGCCUGUGCUGUCAUGGAUGUGGUCCAGUACGAUACUCAACGGACGAUUGCGGACCUCCAGCGUCAAGAUCUAGUCAAUUUCGGACAACUCAUCGUUACUUUGGGUGCCAAUACGCCCACCGUCAUGCACAACGCCACAAAAGCUAUGGAGCAUUUCACCCGUGCCUACAGUCCGCAACUUAAGAACUCGGUGUUCUGGUUGCUCAAUGGACUGCAAAAGGAUCAAGACCGGAAUAUUGACAUAUUUAUUACUGGCAUUUCUUCUCAGUUAAUGUCAACGUUUGACUCGGCUCUUCAUAUGGACGAUGAACUAACAUCAGACUUGAGCCGAGAGCUUGAGAAUGGCCGUUUGGUACGCCUGGUGACCAAGUUGAAUUUCAUCAACGAACGGCCGGAGUAUGAGCACGAUCGGCAGUGGUCGGAGAACGGGGAACGAUACUUCCUCAAGAUGUUCCGCGACUACGUCUUUCACCAAGUUGACGCUCAAGGUGACCCAGUAGUUGACCUAGGUCAUGUGCUUUCAUGUCUGAAUAAGCUAGAUGCGGGAACCGAUGAGAAAAUCACCUUGGUGAGUCGGGAUGAACAGAGUUGCUUUGUCGUUAGCUACAAGGACAUCAAGAAAGCACUGGAGUCGUCAUUUCAGGCGCUCCUAAAACCAGCCAGAAGGCUUCAUUAA